UGAAUAAUAGGUUGAUAACGCAUAAAAUCGCUCUCAUCCGGCCGGUUGCAUAUCGGACGAUCAUCUCCGAUCCAACCUUUGCGACCUCUGACUGCUAUCGUUCGGGGAAAUGGGGAACCCCUCUGACCUAUAUACAUCUCUUCGAGACAAGACUUGUGGUACGAUGGAUGAAGGAACCAUUGAACGUCAGUUCUUUCGAGCGGUCGACAUCGUCCAAAGUUUGCCGAAGAAUGGACCCAUCCAGUCAUCCUAUGACGACAAGCUAGCCAUCUACAGCCUCUUUAAACAAGCAACCGAGGGAGACCGACCAGGGGGUCGUCCAGGACUAUUUGACGUGCUUGGACGAGCGAAAUGGGAUGCGUGGAACAAGCAGAGGGGAUCGUCCAAGCAGGACGCUAUGGUAGGUGUUGAGCAAAGGAGGCGUGACGGGAGACAAAUUGACCGGUUUGUUACAAUACCCGCCGCAGGCUGCCUACGUCGACGUCUUGAUCAAGCUCUUGUACAGAUACCCAAACGAAUCCGUAACUCAACGGUACAUUGAAGAGCUAGCUGCUUUGGGAAGCGUCACCAGGUCCGAGAGAAGGCGGAAAUCGAGAAGAAACUCCGACGCAAGCUCGUCGUCGAACGAUUCAUUCUUGUCAUCGCGUCAAUCGGAACUUGGCGAUGAUGCGAACCAAGCGUCGAGACCGAACCCUGCGGGACAAGCUGGGCUCUCCACAGGACCCCUGGCUCAAGAGCCUUUCUUGGCCGUCUGUCCUCCUGGGCCUAUUCAUCUGCAGCAGUCCGGCUUGCCGCCAUUGUUAGAGUCUCCCGAUCGGCGCUAUGACU